UCGCCAUCUCCACUAUGGGCUUCUGGAUAGUGGUGUUUGUUUGAGGCAGAUGAGAAAAUGGCGGCUUCCUGGGCGGCAUGAGAAGUAGCCAAAGACAGUACUAGCUUCUUCUCAUUUUAACUGAUAUAAUUAUCUGGGUGCAAUUUCUUAAAUUGAGUCCCGCUCUCGAGACUUUUGAUUAGUUACAAUUAACGUAGGAACUUCAUCUCCCGGCACAAUGGCAUCUGGCUCAGUUCUGCAGCCACGGUGGAAGCGGGUUUUGGGUUGGUCCGGUCCUGUCCCUCGGCCCCGACAUGGGCACCGUGCGGUUGCAAUCAAAGAAUUGAUGGUCGUUUUCGGGGGUGGCAAUGAAGGAAUUGUGGAUGAGUUGCACGUUUAUAACACAGCGACCAACCAGUGGUUCAUUCCUGCUGUCCGUGGUGAUAUCCCGCCUGGCUGUGCUGCAUAUGGAUUUGUGUGUGAUGGCACCAGGCUGCUGGUGUUUGGAGGGAUGGUGGAGUAUGGCAAAUACAGCAACGAUCUGUAUGAACUACAGGCCAGCCGCUGGGAGUGGAAGCGUCUGAAGGCCAAGUCUCCUAAGAACGGUCCCCCCCCGUGCCCCCGUCUGGGCCACAGCUUCUCCCUGGUAGGGAACAAAUGCUACCUGUUCGGAGGACUGGCUAACGACAGCGAGGACCCCAAGAACAACAUCCCCAGAUACCUGAAUGAUCUGUAUACGUUGGAGCUGCGUGCCGGCUCCAGUGUAGUAGGCUGGGACAUCCCCAUCACCUACGGGGUGUUGCCCCCGCCCAGAGAGAGCCACACUGCCGUGGUCUACACAGAGAAGUCCCGUCUAGUCAUCUAUGGAGGCAUGAGCGGUUGUCGUCUGGGGGAUCUGUGGAUCUUAGACAUUGACACCCUCACAUGGAAUAAGCCCUCUAUCAACGGAACAGCUCCUCUCCCUCGCAGUCUCCACUCUGCCACAACCAUCACCAACAAGAUGUACGUGUUCGGAGGCUGGUUCCCCUGUGAUGAUGAUUGUCAAAGUAGCCAACACGAGAAGGAGUGGAAGUGCACCACCACACUGGCCUGUCUCAACCUAGACUCGAUGGUGUGGCAAGUCGUUCUGCUGGACUCUCUAGAGGAUAAUAUCCCCAGGGCCCGGGCUGGACACUGCUCCGUAGCCUUAAACUCACGUCUCUACGUCUGGAGUGCGGACCGCUACCGCAAAGCCUGGAACAACCUUCAGCGUGGUGCUGUAAAGGACCUCUGGUACCUGGGCCAGGUGAAGAAGCCCCGCCCCCCGUCACGGGUGCAGCUGGUGAGAGCCAACACCAGUAGCCUGGAGGUGAGCUGGGGGGCGGUACCAACCGCAGACACCUACCUGUUGCAGCUGCAGAAGUACGAUAUCCCCCCCGCCUCGGCUGCCACUUCCCCCGGCGUUAGCCCCGCGACGUCACUGCCGGUCAAUUCUUCCGCCAAGAGCCCUGUCACCGCCCCGGCGGUGUCCGUCCAGGGCCACCCUCUCCAGGGCCUCACCCUGGUCCCCUCCAUGCCCGGGAGUCCAGUCCCUGCUCGCGGACCAGCUAUUCUGAAGGUGUCUGCUCCCCAUUCCACCACAGGCACCUCCAUCGUCACGGUGAGACAGGCCAACCAGGGCGGGAAAUCCCCUGUCAUGGUUACAUCACUUCCUGCUGGGGUCCGAAUGGUGGUGCCGGCCCAGGUCGCACAGGGAACCCCAAUGGGCAGCAGCCCUCAGAUGAGUGGCAUGGCUGCKCUGGCUGCAGCGGCUGCGGCCACCCAGAAGAUCCCGCCCUCCACGGCCACCAUGCAGUUGCCAGCUGGUGCCACCAUAGUCAAGACAGUGGCCAUGAGCCCUGGCGCACAGACUGUCAAAGUAGCUUCGCCUGUUAUGAUUAGUAACCCAGCUACCCGCAUGCUGAAGACUGCUGCGGCUCAGGUGGGCACGUCAGGUGUCGCCACACCCGGAACGCCCAAUCGGCCAAUCAUCACCGUGCACAAGUCUGGCACGGUGACGGUUGCCCAGCAACACCAGGUGGUUACCACGGUAGUGGGAGGAGUCACCAAGACACCAUAG